AUGUAAUAAUUAAAGAAUAAUUACAUUGAAUAUUUGAGAGAUGGAAUUUAGAUGAAUAAAGUAGAAAUGGAAGAUUUUGGGGGUAUGUUUGGGAUUAAAGCUAUUGAUAAUAUUUAAUCAGGUGAAAUUCUGAUGAAAGUUUCCCAUAAAUAUGCAAUAAGUGCAUUCACAGUAUUCUAAAAUGAAUAAUGUAUAGAUAUUAUGAAGAGGAAUCCUCAUAUAUAUCCAUCAUUACAAUAAAUUGGUAAUAAAUAAAGUGAUUUUCAAACAUUAAUACUUUAUUUGAUAACACAAAGACAUGGGAGAUUAAAGCCAAUAUUUGAGAUGUCAGCUAAUCCUACUUGUUUGUAAGAUUGUGAUAAAGAAAUUCCAUUUGAUUAUUUAAGAGAAUUGAAGUAAGAAUUCGAAGAAGACUAUAAAGAAGCAAAAGAUGAGAUAAUGGAACUAGGAUUGAGUAGUAAAGACUAUGAUUGGGCAUAUAGAUAUUGUAUGAAUAGAAGACUAAGUGUGAAUAAUGAUUAUCCAUAUUCAUUUUUAGUACCUAUGAUAGAUAUGAUAAAUCAUGGAAAGAAUAAGGCAAUGUUUGGUUUAGAAUAGGAAGAUCAUUAACCAGAAGAGUAUGUAUAAAAUAAUUAAAUGAAAUACAAAUAUAUUUUGAAAAAUAAUUAAUGGUUUAGUGAAGAGGAUAAAAAAUUAAUAAAAGAUUUGAAAGUAAAUGAGAGUGAAAGAUCUUCUAAAAUAGUUAAGAAAUUAUUAAUAAAAUUGUUUUAGGAAUUACUUCGAACAGGAUCAUAAGAAGUUUGGGUUACCAAAUUAAUGAUACCUGAUGAUUCAGAAGAUGAAGAUGAGCCAAUUGAUAAGAGUAAUCAUUAAUAAGAGUAAUUAAAUAAUAGGAAUUCUAAAGUUUAAGCUGCAGUAAAUGACGAUUAUAUAAGAGAUUACUAUGAAUAAUCAUUAGAUGAAAGUGAACAUGAUUGGUAUACAGAUAUAUAAUAAUAAACUCUUUCAUGUCCAGCAUAUCUGACAGCAAGAGCUAUAGAUGAUAUUGAAAAGGGUGAACAAGUUUUAAACUUAUAUGGAUGCUCAGGAAAUGAACAUUUACUUAUGUAUUAUGGAUUUGCACUUAAUAAAAAUAAAUAUGACAGAGUUAAAUUCAGAAUAUUUAUGGAUUGUAGUACCAAGUACGAUUUUUUAACUAAUAUUGAAAAAUUAGUAUAGUUACAUUAUAUUCCAUACAAAGAACUAAUAAAUCAAAAUAGUCGAGGAAUCAGUCUUAAUUAAUUAACAUCUGAAUUUAAAAUAAAGAAAAGUUAAUUCAAUUUAGAUUUAAUCAAAUUUCUAAAAACAUAUCUUCAAUUAUUGGAUGGAAAUGAAUUAAUUAAUGAAGAAACUCUCAUAGUUCUCUAUAGAAGAAUUAUUAAUUCUUUAUACAAAAAGAUCACUUCUCCCAUAAUUGAAAGAGAUUCUUAUUGGGGAUAACAACUUUAUAAUUAUCAGAAUUCAAAAGUCAGAAUUCUAAAGGCACAUCUAGAAAUGAUAGAAAAUCUAACAACAAAAGCAGAAAAGAUGGAUAUUAAAGUGUUUAUGAGAUUAAGAGCAUAUUUACUUAAAUAAAACUGA